UGACAGUAUUGAUAAAAAUGUUAAGUCACAAAAUAGUUCUAUCAAAAAAGUAUUAAAUGAAAACUAUGAGAGUCCAACCAAAAUGCAAAGUUCUAAAAAAACAUUGUCACCUAGCAAAUGUGGAAAUGUUACACCUAAGAAAUCUUGUAAAGUUUCAGUUUUUGGAAGUCCCAAUAAAGAGCAGAAUUCAAACAAAUCAUGUGAGAACUCACCAUCAAAAUCAGGUUCAACUAUAAAAUCAUUACAAUCAUGUGAAAGAGAAAUGAAUAAUAUAUUUGAAGAUGAGUGGGAAAUGGAGCAUUUUGUAGAGGUGUUUGAAGAAAAUUUAAAUUUAUCUACAAUUCAGCGCUGUGAAGUGCUGUCUGCGAAAUUAAAUGGGCAUGUUCUAGAAGUGAAAGUUCAAAGUGAGGAUUUAAGAGCCACUUGUUAUAUUGAAGGUAUUUGGUUAUGUUUAAGUUUACAAGAAGGUGAUAUAAUAAGUAUAUUAGCCGUACGCAAUCCUUCCGGACAAUUCCAUGUAAACAAUACAGCAGGUCUGAUUGUGUUCAGACCUGAUUACUUGCUGUCAUCUACAAGUGUUGUGGCCGGCGUGUUCUGUCAGAGGAAGGCGGUACUUCAAGAGAGAUGGCGAGGUAUAGAUUCUGCUAAUGUUGCUAUGACUAUUGGUAUUUUAAUUCAUGAAUUAGUACAAAAAGCGCUAACAGAUCGUAUCAUGAGCAAGGAAAGGUUACGUUUUGAGACCGAUAAAAUUAUUAAAGACUCAAUUCAAAUGUUAUUUGACGCCGGCCUUACUGAAGAGGAAGCGAGAUCUAAUAUGGAAAUGUAUAUAAUACCGCUUAGUGAAUUUAUGGAUACAUAUAUGACUGAAAAACCUAGAAAACAUAUGCAAAAGCAAAGCAAUUGGUCUGGUCAUAUAAAUAAAGUAUUGGAUAUAGAAGAAAACCUUUGCUGUCCCAAAUUAGGUCUGAAAGGUAAAAUUGAUGCGACAUUAGAAGUCACAAUUCAUGAACGAGACGGUAGGCGUAAUGAAAUAGUUCCUUUAGAAUUGAAAAGUGGUCGUGCAACAGUAUCUGUGGAACAUCGCGGUCAGUUAGUGUUGUAUGGAAUGAUGCUUAGCUUGAUGAGAGAAGAAGAUCCCACACAAGCUAUACAGCGUGGUUUACUUUUGUAUUUAAAAGAAGGUAUUAUGCUUCGUGAAGUGAGCUGCGGUUACCCAGAGCGAAGAGAUCUUAUUAUGUUGAGGAAUCAACUUGUCCAGUAUUUAACUACUGCGCAUACUAAAAUUGCAGAUGACUCGGAUAUAGAAGAUAAGUACCAGAGGUUGCCGGAGCCGGUGCACCGCGAGGUGGCGUGCGCCAAGUGUCCAUACCUCACUAUAUGUUCAUUACAUCUAUGGCAUACAGAUGGUCCGAAAGUAUCAAUAUCUCAUCCGUUAUCAAAACUGCGAGACGAAGCGAUUGGUCAUUUAUCUGUCAAGCAUAUCGAAUAUUUUUUACAUUGGGCAUAUUUAUUGAAAUUAGAAGAGAAAGUACAAUUAACAUCAUCACCCCUGCACGCUUUGUGGACCGACAGUGUGGAAAAACGAACGAAACGCGGUACAUGCGCUGGCAAUCUUAAAUUGCAAUCAGUUGAAACGUCUGCUCAUAGAUAUUUACAUACUUUUAAACGUGAAGCUAAUAUUUAUGAUAAAUCCAUGAAUAGUGGAAAAAUAAACGGACCUCAGGAAGGAGAUUUUUCAAUAGUCAGUACAGAGAAGCGGCCCUGGCUCGCUGCGGGAGUUGUUAUUCUUUCAAAUGAUAGGGAAAUUAAAAUAUUACUAGAAAGAGAUUUAAGUCUACGACAGAACAAAGAGACAGUUUUUCAUAUAGACGCGUACGAAUCCUACGCUAGUACGGUACAGAAUCUCACUAAUUUAGGAGUACUAAUAGAAGACAGUGAACGUGCGUUCAGACUGAGAAGGAUAAUAAUAGAUAAAGAGCCGCCUGUAUUUGCUGAGAAACUACCUCGAGACAUGCAUCGCUUAGGCACUAAGUUGAUGAGGUGUUUGAACAUAGAACAACAAAGGGCAGUAUUCAAUGCCCUUGCUGCUAAAGAUUAUGCGUUACUACAAGGUCUACCUGGGACUGGUAAAACACAAACUAUAAGCGUUCUAAUACAAAUGUUAGUAGCAUUGAAACAAAGAGUUCUUGUAACUGCGCAUACGCAUUCCGCUGUUGACAACGUCUUAACCAGACUACCAGAAACACUACAAAUAUUACGUUUGGGUUCGUGUGCGCGUGUUGCUCCGACCUUGCUGCAUCGUUGUGAGGAGAAAUUGACAGCAAAAUGUGAUAAUUCUGAACAACUCGCUAAACUAUACGAUUCAAUGGAGGUAGUCGGCGUGACGUGCCUCGGUGCGGCGCACGCCAUGUUGGCCCGCACCACAUUCGACGUAUGCAUUGUGGAUGAAGCCACGCAGGUAUUACAAUGUACAGUCUUAAGGCCGUUGUUUGCAGCAAAGAGAUUUGUUCUAGUCGGAGAUCCGGAACAGUUGCCGCCUGUAGUCAGAAGAAAUGCUGCGAGACAUUUAGGUAUGGAAGAGAGUUUGUUCCACAGACUUAUGGACAGUGAAGCGACUUCAACACUCAGACUGCAGUAUCGUAUGAAUCAGCCACUUACUGAUUUAGCAAACAGCAUAGCUUAUAGUGACCGGCUGAAAUGCGCUAAUAAAACAGUAGCUGAUGCCUCCAUACUUAUAAAUAUACAGAAAAUAUUACAAGUACACUCAGAACCUUGGAUACUAACUGCUUGUAGUCCAGAACCAAAGUAUGCAGCUAUAUUUGUUAAUUUAGAGAAUAUUGUAUCAAAGGACAAAGAUCAGAAGGCAAUUUCCAAUUGGGAGGAGACUUGUGUAGUAUUAGCUAUAGUGGAAGCAAUGAAACUGGGCGGGGUAACAUCUUCAGAUAUAGGAGUGAUAGCGCCAUAUCGCGACCAGGUGUCGCUAUUGCGUCGCACACUAGCGCCUCUAGCGGUUGAAGCCAGUACUGUUGAUCAGUUCCAGGGGAGAGACAAGUCUGUUAUCAUUUAUUCAUGCACUAAGAAAGAUGAUGGUCAAAAAGAUAAGACAGUAAAGGAAGAAGAGAUUCUGAACGAUCAACGACGGUUAGCCGUUAGUGUGACUCGUGCGAAACACAAAUUGAUCGUUGUAGGCAACUCUAAUGCACUCCGCCGAUACCAACCUAUCCAAAGACUGAUAAAAGCUUGUCACCGUAUAUCUAUAGGUGAAGAUUUCUUGAAUAAACUUUUAAAUAAAUAUAAAACGCGUCAUGAAAACUAAUUUUGCAUGAAGGAAUACCGAAAAGUAUUUACGAUAAGAAAGUCUAUACAGAAAAGCUCUUUUUACAUAUCAUGUGACCGAAGUAUUAUACAAAAGCGAAGGUAUUGUGUUUAAUCAUGUGUUACA